CCUCUACACCACGCCCGGAGGUGUGUUCUCAGUAGUGGUUUGUGUGGAUUACUGCUUAUUUCUGCUUCUUUUUCUCUUCUCCUCUUGUAAUGGCUCGUGUCCCAGAGCCAGUGGUGGAAGACAAGGACCCUCCAUCUCCCCCCAAACCUGUUUCCAAAACCUGGUCCAACAAGAAAGAGGACUAUGAGCUAAAAGAUGUCAUAGGUAGUGGAGCAACAGCUGUAGUCCAGGUUGCAGUUUAUGUGCCACGAAAUGAGAAGGUCGCCAUUAAACGCAUUGACCUUGAACAGUACAAGUCAUCGAUGGAGGAGCUACAAAAAGAGAUUAAUCUGAUGAGUAAUUGUAAUCAUCCAAACGUCAUCAAUUAUUAUACUUCUUUUGUCGUCAGGCACGAGCUCUGGCUUGUGAUGAAGUUAAUGUCUGGAGGGUCGUUACUGGACAUUAUAAAGCAUGUGAUGACAAAAGGGAACAAGGGAGGGGUACUGGACGAACCCGUCAUCACGACUAUACUGUAUCACGUGCUCCAAGGCUUGGAGUACUUCCAUACAAAUGGACAGAUCCAUAGAGACCUAAAAGCAGGAAAUAUCUUAAUAGGAGAAGAUGGAGCUGUUCAAUUAGCAGAUUUUGGUGUUAGUAACUGGUUAUAUGGGGAGGCAGGAGGGGGAAAGAAGAGAAACCCUCGCUAUACGUUCGUAGGUACUCCAUGCUGGAUGGCCCCAGAGGUCAUGGACCAAUCCGUUGGAUAUGACAGUAAAGCUGACAUAUGGAGCUUUGGUAUAACGGCCUUGGAAAUGGCUACUGGUACUGCUCCUUAUGCAAAGUUCCCACCAAUGAAGGUCCUAAUGUUGACGCUUGAGAAUCCCCCGCCCACACUCGACACGUGUUGUGAACUGAACGGUGAAGACUAUCGUAAGAACUACUCCAAAGCAUUCCAGAAGAUGGUCGAGAAAUGUCUCCAAAAAGAUCCUUCGAAAAGACCCUCAGCAACAGAACUCCUCAAGAAUCCUUUAUUCAAGAAGGCAAAGGGAAAGGAGUUUAUAAAGGAAGUUGUGUUGGGCAAUGCCCCCUCUCUCUCCUCUCGAGCUACCAAGGUCAAACGGGUUCCUGGUACCAGCGGGCGUCUACACAAGACAGAGGAGGGAGGGUGGGUGUGGUCAGAUGAGGAAAUGACUGAAGAAUAUGAAGUGGAAGACGACAACAAAAAAACGAAAUUGGCUAACAAAUCAACUCCUUCGUCAUCUUCUGGUGUCACUACCUUGCAGGCCUCACCUAGUUCAAGCCCCGCCCCUUCCUCCGCCCCUUCCUCUACAUCAGCACCUACCCAGUCACAGGACCCUGGAGCGUCCCUCACUGGAGAGCUUCAGGUAUUGAUGCUGAAAAUGAAAGAGCUACAGGACCAGAUAACAGACAUAAGAGGACAGGAACAGGAACUGAUGACUCAGCAGAUUCAGAACCCAACAUUACUGACAACACAAAGUCACCAAUCCAAGGCAGUUCAGUUACUCAAUCAACGUCAAGAGAAGGAGCGAGAGCAGCAACAGUUAAUAUUCCAGCAGCAGCAAAUUGCAGUCAAACUUCAGCAGCUGCAAAUAUCUUUGCAAAACGAUCCUCAACAAAAACAAGAUCCGAGUGCCGCUAAGAAAGUCCUAAAGAUUGCUUUGAGGAAAAGAACGGAACAAAAUCAACUCAAAGACAUCAAAUUUGAUUACAUAAUUGGGACAGAUACAGCUGAUGCUAUUGCGAAGGAUUUACUGGCAGCUGGUCUUCUGGAGGGAAGAGAGCUAGUAGUAGUUGCUGCCAAUAUAAGUAAACUGAUUGAGAACCCAUCACAAAAAGUGACCUUUCAAGUGGGAAACGUACCACAGGAGCAACUAGACGAUAAGAAACUAAUAGGAUAUGCUCAGUUGUAUGUGGUCAACACAGACAAAUGAAAAAAAGAAAUACUACUACUACUGCUAAUUAUACUGUUGCAUCAAGAUGAUAUUUUUGUUUGUGCUUAGUGCGUGUUUGCAUGUUUCUUCUUAAUACAUGUUGUGAAUUGUAUUGGAUUUUUUGUUGUAUUUAUAUUUCUUAUUCUUAUUAUUAUUAUUAUUAUUAUUAUAGUUUAUGUCUUAUUAUCAUUAUCAUAAUAUGAGAAUAAUUCUUAGCAAUAUCUGGCCACGGAUUGUUGGCGAAUAA